AUGGCGCCGUCACCUAGAUCGAACGUGGUGUCACCGCUGGGCACCCGUUCACCAUCGAAUCUCAAUAUCACAUCUCCCUCGAAUGUAUCAACGCUUGCUAUGCGAAAGUCGGUCGCGAAACCUUCAACUUCUUCAGAACCACCUGCAAAGAGACUCAAAGCCGAUAUCGACAUGGCUGAACAGAUCAAUGAGGAAAUCGGUAACAAGUAUGUCAAGGGCCGCAAGCUUGGCGAGGGAACUUUCGCCAUCGUCUACGAAGGCCAUCUACGCAGUGACCCCUCGUUCCUCAUAGCCAUCAAGAAGUUCCGCGUGGAUCCCUCCCAAACACGACUGGGACUCAACGUUGAUACCAUUCGCGAAAUCAAGUAUCUCCAGGAACUGAACCACCCUUCCAUCAUCGCAAUGUACGAUAUCUUCAGCACCAAAGACCAAAACGUCAACAUGAUCCUCGAAAACUGCCCGAACGGCAAUCUUGAGGAAUUUCUCAAAUCGGCCGUCCCUUACACGCCGGCGGAUGUCAAGUCCUGGAUGGGCAUGCUCUGCCGUGCCGUCUACUACUGCCACAGGCAUUUCGUGCUGCACCGCGACAUAAAACCCAACAACUUGCUGAUAGCCGCAGACGGCAGCAUCAAGCUUGCCGAUUUCGGCCUGGCUCGUGCAUUCGCAGACCCCAGCGAGCGCAUGACCCACCAGGUCAUCACGAUGUGGUACCGACCUCUAGAGCUCCUGUUUGGCGCCCGGCACUACUCUGGGGCCGUCGACAUGUGGUCCGUGGGAUGCGUCUACGCAGAGCUGGUGCUACGCAAGCCUUUCAUCAUCGGCCGUGUCGAUUCGACGGAUCUGAUCGAUACCUCGCAGGGCACCAUCGCACAGAUCGAGCGCAUCUGCGAGGUGGUCGGCACUCCCAGCGAGGACAAUUGGCCGGGCGUCGGCCAGCUACGAGACUGGUUCGAGCCCAAGAGGCAGGUGCCUCUUCGCGAUAAAAACUAUUUCAUGACGGCGUUGCCGAGCGCGGGCAGCGUUGGCGUGGACUUUCUAAUGAGGUUGUUGACGCUUGAUCCACGGCGGAGAGCGACGGCGAGGCAAGCCCUUGAGCAUGACUACUGGACGAGCGAACCCCGGCCGACGGAGACCGGCAAGCUACCGAUGAGAGGUGGAGGUGGCGGGGAAGCAAUGGCUAUGGCGGAGGCCAGUAAACCUGGGAAGGUGGUCGACGAUGCGCAAUAUAAGGGCGUGGCGCGAAAACUGGACUUCGGGGGCAGCAAAUGA